CUCUCUCGGACUGGGGGUGGGUCUCUCAUUUUCAAUUCUCAAGGAAGUGAGUGAGGGAGUACUUAGUAGUAGUAGUAGUUAGUACUUAGUACUUAGCCACUUAGGCAAGAGUAUGAAUGAGCUCAUUAUUAGUCCGUAAGUAAGCGCUGUAAUUGGUAGCCGGUAGGUUAAUUGUCACUGUUCCAGAAAUUGAAAGAGAGCGUAUUAACUUUUUAACUUCGUACUCAGGCCACCCCCACCCCCCUCCUCUCUAUAAAGCCCCCCACUCUCUCUCUCCACCCCCCAUUCCCCAACGGGUAUAUUGACAUUUGUCCCCUUCGUCUCUACAUUCUAUUUCUUCUUCUUCUUUUUCCUCGAUAUUUAUCUUUAACCAUUCUUUCUUUCCAGUGUACCAACACCCCUGCAUGCGGUUUUUAUUUUCCUGAUCAUAAUAAUAAUGUCUGAGCCACCGAGUUCGUGUUCUUCAUCUUUAAGUUCUUCGUCGUCGUCAUCAUCGUCCUCCGGGUCAACUCAGUCUAACCCGUCUACCGAGCUCGUAAAAGUUUCCAAGGAAGAAGAAGAAGAAGACAGGCCGCGGCUCAAGAGACAACGCGACAACAGCGGGAACAAGCAUCCAGUUUAUAGAGGAGUGCGGAUGCGGAGCUGGGGAAAAUGGGUGUCUGAAAUUCGCGAGCCACGUAAAAAAUCGCGCAUAUGGCUGGGAACCUAUUCCACCGCUGAAAUGGCUGCUAGAGCCCAUGACGUAGCUGCCCUGAGUAUUAAAGGCAACUCGGCCAUUUUAAAUUUUCCUCAACUCGUUGAGUCGUUGCCCCGCCCGGUCUCGCUCGCUCCCCGGGACGUUCAAGCUGCUGCAGCUAAGGCGGCCGCAAUGGCGGAGCUCAGCUCUUUAUGCUCCUCCUCCUUGUCGUCGUUAUCGUCAUCUGCAAGCGACUCAAUAUCAUCACCAUCAACAACUACAAUGACGACUUCGUCGGAGGAGUUGGAUGAGAUAAUCGAGUUGCCGAGUCUGGAGGAGAGUUUUGACUCGUCCGAGUUGACACUGUCUGACUCGGUGGUCGACGGGUGGCUGUUCCCGCCGUGGUGGGUGUCUGACGCUGAGUUCUACGGCUAUUUGCUGGGUCAAGCUGCGGUUGGUGAUUGCGAGUUGCUGAAACCCAGCAGCUUUGGGGACAUUGAAAUGGGUUAGCUCCACGUGGUACACCUAAAAUGUCUAGAAUUUUUUUUUCCUCUUUUUUUUUUUAUUUAUUAUAAAGAGAAAAUGUCUAGAAGCUGUUUGGCUUAUGGUUUACAUUUUUGUUCCACUAGGGCCACAAUAUAUAAUAUAUACCCAUGUCUAUAAUAUUUUGGUUCUUGCUAAUGUUCCCGGACGAUGAUCAUGUAAUAUAUACAUAUAUAUACAUACUUUUGCUGUUUAAUAAU